GUGAUUUGGUCAUGACGGCGUGCACCUUCCGGCGCGCGCUCCUCGCCGUGGGCCUCAUGUGCAUCUUGGCGUGCGCAGCGCUGGUCACGUAUCUGGACGAAUCCUCGUACCUCGCCAUGUCGCUCCGCAAGUUCCGCACCAAGCGCGAGGCCGCGUUGUCGACGCACCACUUGAGUACCUUUAGCCGCGCCGCUGUCCUCUUCUUGCCCGCCAGCAGCGGCAACGACCGGUUCCUCUCUGAGUUUCGCUGGUUCCACCGCAGCUGGCUCGAGAUGCAAAAGCACGAACCAGCGUUGUGGCGCACCGACAUUGUCGUUGUCAGUGACGGUCCUGUCCCGCUGCUGGCCGAGCUCGGGUGCACGGACGCGCCUCGGGCCGCGCACGACGAGCCCAACAAGUGUGUCGCGGUCCAAAACUACACCAAGCUCCAGAACGAAAACUUCACCUACGCCUACGCUGACUCGGUCAAUGUCCUCGCCGUCGACUUGCCCGCCACCGCCAACUACGACUGGAUCCUCCGCACCGAUAUCGAUACGUUCCUCACACCUGCGUUUGCCACGUGGAAGCCCGACUCGUUUGCUGUCGGUCUUGGCGGCUACUGUGGGCCUGGCACGUGCGACCGCCUCGCGCGUAUCAGCCGCGACCUCAACCUGACCGAAGCCACGCAGCACAACAUUGGCUCGACGUGGUAUGGCCCAGCAACGACGCUCAAGGAGUGCGCCAAGCUCAGCGUCGAGACUAUGAUGUACCUUCGCGAGCACGAGUUUACCGACGAAGAGAAGAGCGAGGCGUACGGCACCAAAGGCUGGCCAAAGUGGCACUACGGCGUCUUGACCAUGUACAGCGGCGACAUUGCCAUCAACCACUGCACGCGGUCGACCGGGUUCGAAACCCGUACCGAUAUGCUCGACUUUCCGUCGUCGUCGUCCGAGUCGCCGCACGAGCAUGCACACCUGCACACGUGGCAGAACGACGUGCGGUUCAGCAAGUUUGUGUUUCACUUCAAGGGCUACCCCGACGAGAAACUCGAGGACUUGGAUCUGAACGUGAUUUCCGACUAUGCGAUGUACAUGGCGCUCGAUUCGCACAAGCACACGGGGACGUAG